AUGGACUACUACCGCGAGACCUACGGCGGGUACGGGAUGGCGACGCCCGGGUACGCGGCGCCGGUGCCGUACGGCAUGUCGCAGGUGAACAUCGACGGCAACUGCGGCGGGCGGCCGAUGCCGCCGCAGCCCACGGUGAAGAUCUACUGCCGCGCCAACCCCAACUACGCCAUGUCCGUGCGCAACGGCAAGGUGGUGCUGGCGCCGGCCAACCCCAAGGACGACUACCAGCACUGGAUCAAGGACAUGAGGUGGAGCACCAGCAUCAAGGACGAGGAGGGCUACCCCGCCUUCGCCAUGGUGAACAAGGCCACCGGGCAGGCCAUCAAGCACUCCCUCGGCCAGUCACACCCUGUGCGUCUGGUGCCGUACAACCCAGACUACCUGGACGAGUCGGUGCUGUGGACGGAGAGCAGGGACGUGGGCAACGGGUUCAGGUGCGUGCGCAUGGUGAACAACCAGCGCUGGAAGCUCCAGCCGUACUACUGA